UGUACCAAAGUAUACUUCUGUUAGCAUUGCACAGGGUAUUUAAACAAAGAUAAGGGUUAAAGAAGCCCUGCUCUUGAUAUAGCUAUAGAGCGUGAUUAACUCAGACAGCUGAGUCCAUCAACAGCAAGCCGGUUCUGUCUCGUUGAUCAGGCGGUGAUUGAGUCUCUCAUGCAGCAAAAUCGGGCCAUAGGUCAGGAACUGGAGGUGCAAAUGACACGCGUCCGUGAAAUGGAGGUCAUGCUCGCUGAGGCUUAUGAGCAGAAGGCCGCAGCGGUGUCCAAGAGCCAGACCGCCAUGGAGGAACUUCAGGACUUCAUACGCGGCAGAGACAAGCUUCUCAAAGAGUUGAGCGAGGACUACAGCCUGCUGAAGGAGGAGAAAGGCCGUCUGCAGAGCUUUUUCUGUGACGACGAGCAGGAAAACGCAGCCCUGAAUAAGUCAUUUCAUCAGAGCCAACCUCAGAUAAACAAGAUGCAAGGUGAACUAAAGGACCACCAGAGACAUCAGCGCACAAGCAGCCAAAGCAAGCUUAAAGCUCAUGAAGAGAGGGAGUCUGGUCGAGAAGAUUUCGCUUCGGUCACUCUGGACUUGAAAGAAUUUGGUCCCUUUCUGGGAGGAACGAUGGACGGGCAGCACCAGAACUCUAUAGCACAAUCUGGACCUGUAGCUUCUGAGGGAGCCGCACACAUCAGCAUGGAUUACAAGACAAAAAAAUUUCAAGUAUAACACAACCAUCGUUCUGAAUUUAUUUUUUACAUCUUUUGUCAUUACAUAAUUCAUAUGUUUUUCUCAAUUGUUUGGGUCUUCUUUCAUUCCAUCGUUUUGUAUUAUUUAUAUUUAUUUAAUAAAUUUUUUUUGGUCUGCAAUAUAUGAAAUGAAUCACUUUGCCACAGGCAUUUGUGAAGAGAUUCAUCAAUGAGCAGCAGGGGGCGCUAGUGCUUACAGGGUAAGUGGAUCACACAGUGGUUCACACAGAGAGCAUCAGGUGACAAAGACAUUGCAUAUAGGAUGCAAUGAAUAUCAGGUGAUGUAGGUGGUGCUGUGAUUGACACAGUGCAUAUCAUGUAACACCGAUGGAGCUGUGGGUAACAGUGCAUAUCAGGUGAUCUAAUGUGUGACCAGGAAUAUCACCUGACACAGGUGGUGCUGUUGUUAACAGCAAAUAUCAGCUUUUCAGAAAGCAAAUUUUCAGAUAAAUUUCGAUCUUGUGGUAAACAUUUAAACAUUUAUUUUAUUUUGCUCAUUUUCCACAAUACAAUGAGUAUUUAGGUCAUUACUGUGAUUAAAAACAUAACUGCAUGAUUUUGAGUUGAUAUUGAUAAUUUUAUGUUCUAAUGAAUGAAUCAAAUCAUUUCCUGCAUUUUUAUAAACACAGCUUCAUUGCCUGAAUACUGUCAAAUCUUGUCAGAGAAAUAAAUAACGUUUGAAGACAUUUAGAUUUUAAUAUCAA